AUGAACCACGGCGUAUAUGAGGAAGCGGAAGGGAUGUUUGCGAUGGGCGAGGAGGCGAUCGCUCUUACCCUCGAGGAGAAGCUCCUCUUUGAAGCAGGCUACAAGGCCGCCGGCGUGCAGUUCACAGACGACAAAGGCAGGCGCGACGUCACCGAGUUCGUCAACAUCUCCAAGGACGACGCGCUUGCCUGGCCGGCCGUCGCGCCCCGCACGUACCCCUCCGUCGUCAACGCGCGGAUGGAGUCCACCAUCACGCCGUUCGUGAAGAAGUUGCUCGCGAUCAACAAUAGUCUCAUCGGCGUCCUCAACGACAAGCUCGGGCUCCCUGCGAGCGCGCUCGCGUCUCUGCACAAGGCCGAGGAUUUCGGCGGAUGCAUGGCGCGGUUCCUCAGGGCGCCGCCGUAUUGGGCGCUUGUCGUUCCCGCACAACCGCCUCGGCGGCUUGCAGUCCGACUGUCCGUCGCCCAGCCCCUGCCCGAACACGCGAUCCGCAACAUCGGCGACGCCCUCAACAUCUUCUCCGACGGCAUUCUGCGCUCCAACAUCCACCGCGUUGUCCCGCCUCCGCGGGCCCAGGCCCAGUACAAGCGCCACACUGUCGUGUUCUUCACCCGCCCGAACGACGCCGUGGAGCUGCGCGCACUGUCCGCGGAGAGCGAGCGCAUCGCUGCGGCGGUCGCCAAUGCGCCCCCCGGGAAGUACGCCCCUGGGGUGACGGCGAUGGAGUGGCUUGUGAGGAGGGUCAAGUCGCAGAGGAUGACAAACUACAACCUCAAACUCUCCGGCGGGCGAACGACCGAGUUCCUCGCCGUCGCCGCGGAGGACGCGCUUGUGUCCCAUGGUUCCGCGCCAUAUGCCUACCCCGCCCCGGUGAACGCGCGCAUGGGCGACGCGGUGGGCCCCUUCGUCCGGCGCGCGAUCGAGGUGAACGGGACGAUGCUCGCGAUUCUCAACGAGAAGCUCAGGCUGCCGCGCAGUACGUCAGCAUGCAAGCAUCGGAAGGAGGAGUGGGGCGGGAGCGAGGUGCGGGUCACGCGGAGCCGGCCGCGCGAGCCGUUCGAGGGCACCGACGAAGCCAAGGCGACGCUCACCGCUCAUACCUACUUUGACCACCUGUCGUUCUUUCGUGACUGUUUUGGGGGGCUGCCGGCACGCGGACGUGGCGGUAUGGCAAGCCACGCGAUUGGAGAUGCGCUGACAAUCUUCAGUGGUGGCCUUCUCAGGACCUCCAACCUCCACCGCGUCGUACCUCCUGGAGAACAGCUGGCGCACUGCGAGGGAUACUCCCUCGUCUACUUCACUCCACCCCAGACGGCCCCGCCCGCAGAUCAAAGCGCGAUCAUCGCCGAUGCGGUCGCCCGCGCCGCGCCGCACCCGCACGAGAUCUUCGACCUCACUCGAGUGGUUCACGCGCCGGGUAAAGAGCACGCACGUCAACAACCAGAAGGGAACGUACGGCGAUGUUUGGAACGCUGCCCGUGA